AUGGGUAGAGGAGAGACAAACGCGAAGAAGAGAAAACGUCAGGCCGAAGCCACUGCCAUUGCCAAUGGACAAACUUCGAAUGGGAAAGUGAUCGCGCCGGCUGCGAUUGACACUUCCAAACCUACAGCGCUCUUUCAACCUACAAAAGGCAGAGAUUGGACAGUUAGUGUGGCUUUGCCGGGAAGUAUUAUCUCCAAGUACGUUGCCUCUCUUGCUCAAAGUCAUGAUCUCAAAACUUCUAUGGCGGGCCAUAUUGCUCGCGCCCUUGCGGUUUUCUGCGUCGAUGAAGUCAUUGUAUUCGACGACGGCAAUGCUCGGUCUCCCAAAAAACCUCGUCAAUCUCCUUGUCAACCUCCUGCCAUCCAACCCAAAGCGCCCUCGGAGGACAAGUACACUGGAACCUUAGAUCCCGAUCAUUUCCUGACCCAUCUACUCAGCUAUCUCGAGACGCCUCCAAAUUUACGAAAGUAUUUAUUCCCAAUGCACGAAAACCUAAGGACGGCAGGCACACUGCCAAGUAUAGAUUUACCGCAUCAUUUGAGAGCCGAUGAGUGGUGUAUGUAUAGGGAGGGUACUACAUUACCUGGUGCGGAUGAACAUGGAACAUUCGUGGAAGCCGGAUUGAGAAUACCAGUCACAGUGCCGGAGCAAAUACCGGAGAACAAUAGAGUUACUCUAAAAUUCGACCUGGAGGCCGAGAAAGCCGCAAAGGAUAAAUCUUAUGAAGUUAUUAAAGCAGAAGCUGUGCGCCCAGAAGAACCAAGAGAAGAGGGUGGGUAUUACUGGGGAUACAAUGUUCGAAGGGCCGGCUGUCUAAGCGACGUAUUCACAGAAUGUGGGUAUGAUGGGGGCUAUGAUAUGACCAUCGGGACCUCUGAGCGAGGUGUUGAUGUUCAAGAUCUGUAUGACGACAAAGAACAGAAAGUGGGGAAGUUCAAGCACCUGUUGGUGGUCUUUGGAGGAGUUGCAGGUCUAGAAGUGGCCGUGAAAAACGACGAAGAACUGCAUAAAUUGGGUGUUACAGAAGCAAAAGAUGUCUUCGAUAGAUGGAUAAAUGUGUGUCCCGGUCAAGGAAGUCGAACAAUCAGAACCGAGGAAGCCGCAUGGAUUGGUCUAAUGGGACUGAGAAAAUUAGUUGUCAACAACGAAUAA